AUGGCUACCAAAGACCCAGAGUUCCAGACUCAAUGUCUUGAUCUUAUUCGUGGGAUCAAAGCCGCGCAUGAGAAGCAGAAUGAUCUUCUUGAGAAAUUGGUGACGCUAAUGGCUACACCAGUUGAACUGAAGACAGCCCAACAACGCGAAGAUAAAUGCCAUGAAGAGAUCGAAGAAGCUCUUGUACAAGAGGAUAAAGUCAAGCUCGAUGGAGGAGUGUCAUCGGACGAUCUCAGCGUUGCAGCGCAACAAGACAUCAACUUGGGCAACAUCCUUCGCUACGCAUGUCAUUCUUACAAGAAAAGGCUACAGCUCUUUAAGACUGGUCAAGAUGGUCCACAGCCAUUCGCCCUCAACUCUCAAUUACCUUCCUCACAGUCUUCGUACACACUACCUGAGCAGUUGGAGUACUUUCCACGACCCUCAGAAGAUGGAGACAUCGUUGUCAAUGCCACUCAAUCCUGGAACUACUGGUAUCCACGCGAUUGGGAGUCACACUCCCCCAGAAACAAAUCCAUCAGCCCAGUACCGGACUUCAUGCCGCCAUGGCAACUUACCCGUGGAGAAAAUGAAAAGUGGUAUCACAUCGACGACAUAGACUUGGAAUUUCCCCUGACCGCGCCGGAUACACUAUCACCGGUGGUCGGAAAUUACUUCGAAGUGCCUUACUCUUUCUUUCCGGGACUGCGGAAUCUGAACAUGGCUUACACGCGACGUCAAGGAAUCACGUACGGUGGCUCAGGCGACUACUUGAUCGAGACAGCACUUACCGAAGCACAUCGAUACAAGAUUCGCCAGUCACUGGGAGACUUUUACGCUGUGCCUCAGGAUGGCCGACUUCCUCUAUCGUUUCAUACUAGUGAGCUUCGCAUGCAGGUUCGUCAUCGACGCACUCGUAAUGAUAUCGAUCGCAGUCUGGACAAGUAUCUCGAGCCUACGCGUGAGCUACUCAGCAAACUUCAUUGGUUCACUAUCAUUGACCUCACGGCACCUGGGGGCUCUCAAAAUGCGGUAUAUACUCUACGAACCAAAUCAUUACCGUUCCAACAUGAUUCUCCGCCAUCCCGUGUUGAGGCGCCGCCUUGCUGGGAGAUGAUCCAGCCAGCGCUUCAAAGAGAAGGCAAUGGAUUUGUGUCAUACCCAUCAGUCAUACAAGAUCAUCCAACUCAACCUAUCCAUCGCGAAGGUAGGUGGUGUCGCGUUAUUCAGCUUGACGGCCUUGCAAAUAUCACUGCUGGUCUGAUGGAGGAGAAAUGCACCCGGUACAACUCGAUGACCGUCUGGAAACUUCUCUUUCAAGAUAAUCAGCUGAAUUCAAGUAAGGGCCGUGCAUUCCGUGCCACGAUGAAUCAGCAUCUACUCUGCAGACCGUCUGCAAAGGACUUGCACGGCUCCGAAAACGUUCCAUGGAGGUCAUUUCAUAUUUCUUGGUAUCAGCUCUGUACGCAGCCUACUGAUGCGGCUGUCAAGCAAUCUACGUGGAAUUAUGGACGUCUUUAUGGGGAGAAGGGGCCGUAUAUCAAACAGCAGGCUUUUACUCUGGGGUGUGCUUAUCAAGAGCUUCCCGGGCCUAAUGCUAAGCGUGACUCUUUCUGGACAGUCUUGAUCAUGAAGCCGUCUGCUGCUGAUUUUGAUCCAUAUGAUGUCCACAAGGUCCCGCGUCGAACAUACCCACCUCAGAGCGAUGGUCGACAAUAUCGCUCAGAAGAUGUUAUUCUCGAUGCUAUUCGGACGAACUUACAAAAAGCAGCAAAUGCAUGGAGUCGAAUGCAAGUAGCCCUUGACGCAAUCGUCGACCACGAUCCUCUCUUUCUCGACCCCGUUCAGCACGACAAUCUCUUAUUCGACGACGAUACGUUCUCAAGAUCACGGCAAUACUUUUGGGUCGUCAGUUGUCUCGAGUCUUUCCUCAUUCUGAUAGAUGACGCUAUAGAGGAAUGGAGGAGGUUUCGUGCAGAUUGGCCUCAUAUGAUUAUGGAGAUUGAUCCAGCGGAGGAGGCACGAACGGAAGAAACACCUGAUGCGUUGACGCGAAGAGUUUUGGGGGAGAUUGAGGCACAGGUCGAUCGAUUGAGGAUCAUAUCUGCUCGUUUUGAGGCAAGCCGUGACAAGACGAAAGCUCUCAGAGAAGGUCUCUUCAGCGCCAGUGGAGUCAUCGAGAGUCGUGUCUCUACUCGUCUAGGCGAAAACGUCAAACUCCUCACCUACGUCAGCAUUUUCUACCUACCACUAAGUUUCUGCGUUGCUCUAUGGAGCGUGAACGAGGGCUAUUCUCGCCCAAUGCUGGCGUUAACAUCAGUUCUUGUCGCAGCCGUCACGUUCAUCGUCGUAGCUAACAUGAGAAACAUGGCUUCUGUAUACGCUGUUGCAUAUCGUGGUGUCAAAAGACGGAUCGUUCGACGGAUGCGUGGGAGUGAGGAUGAGAAAUGGGUUAAGAGAGCAACGGCCUUUGAGAGCUAUAGACCCGAAAGGAUGGAGGUUGAACCGUCGGAGUGGUAUAUCUUGUACUUCUUCAUGUACUCCAUGUUCAGUCGGGCAGGUUCUUGGAUGAAGAAGCAGAGACGGAAAGUGAGGAAUUUGUUCAGUUCGUCGGAGAGAGCAACAAGUCCUGUCAAACAGAGUCCAGCGGUGGGAAGCGAGCCGUGGGCAACCCCAAGUUCGUGGUGA